AUGUCAUCGAGGGGGCUGGAUGAGGAGGACCCCACCAUCUUAGAGCCUGACGCCCCAUCGCCAACAACACAGCGCAGCCCGUCAGGUGAUCCAGCUGACGCACCCAUGCCUGAGCGCAUCCGGUCCGGCAUCCCCGCCCUCCGGACUCAUCCUGCUCCAGGGGAGGCUGGCACAGGGGGCAGUUCAAAGCAGCAAAGGAGAAGAACACCUCCUGUCCUGGAAACGAGAGUCUCCAACGCACCAGCCGCCUGUGGAGGCCAUCUGCACAGCUCUGUCAUCUCCACUCGUGGCCAGGCGGUUCGGGGGACCACAAGGACUCGGUGGUCCCUCAUCUCUCGGAACGUGGCUAUUAGAGAGGCAGUGCUGGCCAGCCCGAGGUUGAUGGCUCAGACGGACAUCCAGCUCUUUGAGCUAAACCAAAGGACCCUGUCCCAGUGGUUCUGCCGGAGGCAGAAGGAGACGUGGAGGGCUGUGCUGGAGCAGGGGACAGGCCUCAUCUCUGCUCCAGCCGUGUCUGCGCACCCUCUGCCUCCGGCAAAAGGGCUGUCCUGUGUUCAGGUGGGACAAGGGUCCUUUAAUUUCCAGGUCCCAGAGGAGCAGCCUGGGCCCUCAGGGCAAGGACUGCCGCCCCCUCCUCCAGGCCACACUGUGGACCAGCCCGGGACCUCAGCUCUCCUCUGCUUCCUCCUCCACUCGCCCCUGCCCAGAACAACAGCCUUCAGGAAGAGAAAGGCGGCCGAGGCUGUAGCGGCAGGGGAACCUAAGUCAAAGGCCCGUCGGCAGUCGGCGCAGUACACCUGCAGCAGGUGUGGCCAACUAAAAAGACUGGAGACUGCCACACCGCAUCAAAGGAAUCUCGAACGCUCCCUCAGGAGGGCCGACACAGAAGUGAAAGCAAGUACUCCUACUGGGAGAGCCAACAACAUAUCUUUUUACCGCUGA